CAUUUUUUAUUUUGGCAGUAAAAUAUGUUUGGUUAAUCUCUUUCCGAUUGCGUGACGCAAAUUUUACGGUCUCCGUGAAACCACUUUUCUUCCGUUAGGGGGCCUUAGGACGUGUUUUAGCCGUGUUACACAUUUCCUGUCCCUUCUCAAAACCACCUAUUUUCCCUAAGAAAAUUCUAGAAAAGUUCAGAUACUUUAAACUGAUAGGAAAGGACACCCUUUGGUCGCGUUGGAGAUAACGGACGCCACAGAAUUAUUUGAUUCGGCAACAGGAAUCAAAGGUGACAGUUCGAGAACGCCUCUGAGAAAGAAACUGACAGAAAGAGAUCAAUGACGCGUGAAAACAAUUGCUUAGGUAUGACACUGAAAUGCAAAUUUAUGCUCUUAUUUAGGAUAUUUUCCCCGCCCACAAACUUGAUAUUAAGGAAAGUGAAAACAACCAAAAAGUUCCACUCGUCUGCAGUUUCAUUGAGCUAUGACCUAAAGAUGUCAAAUAUUUCUUUAGAGACUGUACCCGAAAAUGUAUUAGGAUCGCGGAAUUUGGCCCAGAAAAUCGUCGAAAUCUGCUUGCUUUUCAUCAUCAUUGUGUUAGCUCUCGGAGGAAAUGUGUUGGUUUGUAUAACAAUCUACAGAAAGCGAGUGUUACGGACGAUUACCAACAUGUUCAUCGUUACACUGUGUGUGACAGACAUUUUGCUCGCGUCAAUUGCUAUGCCUCUCACUCUUGGAUCUUUGAUUAUGGACCACUGGCCAUUCGGUGAAUUGGUUUGUCAAAUUCAGGGAUUCAGUAUUCACCUCCUGGUUUUCCAAUCGCUUCAAAUCAUAACUAUAACAGCGUCGAAUCGAAACUUGAACGUGGUUCGUCCACAUUUUUACAAAAGAAUUUUUACGAAGCUGAAAACUUUGCUCAUUAUUAUCGCUAUCAGCCUCUUCACAGCUGUCAUAAUGGGAACUCUGGUUAUUUCACUCUCCUCGCGUUAUGUGUUCCACCCUCGAAAAGCCAUUUGCGUUAUGACUUUCCCGUCCAUCGAACACAGUCGUCGCUUCACGAUUAUCUUCAGUAUUUUCUUCGUAGGUUUCCCCGCUGUUGUCAUUCUUGCGUGUUACGCGCGAGUUUUACACACAAUUCGCACUCACCGCCGAGAAUACGAAACCGCGCGAGGAGAACACGAUUCAAGAUCGAUUUUAAGCCGAGAAGAAGUCAAACUAUCCAAGAUUGUUUUCAUCAUCAUUUUAGGGUUUUCGUUAUGUUGGAUACCAUGUGUAAUUAUAGAUAUUGCUGAUACCACACAAACGAAGUGGUUUCCCCGCGAAGUCUAUAUGUUUUACACAUUUCUAGCCUACACCAGUGCAGUUUUAAACCCUUGGAUAUAUGGUUUUAUGAACAAAAUGGUUCGAAAAGAGAUGUAUCAUUUAUUAACGUUAUGCAGAAUUCGUUCUUAAAGGUAAAAAUGUUCUCUUGUAAUUUAUUCAAAAUUUGAAAAUUUUUUUAUGCUUUCAUGCAUGUACAACAGUUUUUAAAUUUAAACUUACGUAAUUAUAUAAAUAUUUUAAUGGCUAUUUAAAAGUAAAUGUUUCUAAAAGUUAUGCUUACACGCCUUAAUCUGGAGUUAAACUUAUUGAAAUGCCGUAGGCAAAUUAUUUACACGAAACCUAACGGGGAAAAAAAAGAAUGAAAAAAUAAAUUUUAAACUUAACAAAAAUGUAUGGUUCGCGUGAUUAGUUUUACGGAGACAUCAAUCUUAAGUAAGAUAAACACCAUAUCUCUCGAUAUCAUUUUUAAUCAGGAGAGCUAUCUUGCGGCAUAUUAGUAUUGCACCGUUAAUAUGGAAGAUAACAAUGGUUUUAUCCACCACUUACUAAUUCACCUGCUCGGGUAAUAAAGAGAUAGUGAAGAAUAACCUGUCAAAAGCACUACAGAGCGAGAGACUAUUAAUUAAUUAUCGCAGCACGAAUGCUGCUCCUUUCGUCAAGGAGUUAAGAUUUGUCUAAAAAUACCCCUUUGGCGACAAAUAUUUUUAUUUCAUAAGCGAAGCAUUCUUGAAAGACUCGACGACAGAAAUUACGUAGCUUUAAGACUUCUUUCUUAUUGAAAUUGAAAACUGCUGUCCUGACCCUAAGUCUGACGCCAUGCAAUUGAAAACGACUAUCUUCUGUUUUGAGAUUGAAAACUAAACCUUUUUUCCGCACGCGUUUUGUCGAUUAUCUGAAGCGGUACGUCAUACUUUGCGUUAAUGAAAGGUUUCUAUCGCAUCGUUGUUUGUGUUACAAAGCUGUAUUUUACAUUACUCAAAUGUCUUAAAACAUAGUAGAAAGCUUUUAACUUGAUCGGUUUAUUUUAAGCUUCUGAAAACUAACGCCAAGUAUUAAUGAGAUGUUUCGAUUAUGUUUGCUACACAAAGAAUCUGUCACGUAAAUGAAACAUGCGAGAUUUGAAUUAAAAAAAUAUCACAUAGCUUAAAAUCUAGGAAACGGUAUUUAAAAAAAUUGAAAGAGUUUUAUUUGAGAUAACCACGCGGAUUUUUUUUCCUUAGGUUAACAUUGCAUUUGGUGAUACUCUGUUAUUAUGAAGUAGCACAGCUGGUACAACAUAAUCAUUUUAACUGCUACUCACGAAACUUAACCUAAGAGGGGAGGGGAGGGGGAGGCAAAGUGUUUCUAAGCGAAGCGUGAGCAAUCUCGUAAAUUUUACAAAAAGGCAAGGUGACGUGAGGUUUUAAGUUUUUGCUUUUUUACAUAACGCGUGAUUCUUUCUUUAAAAUCCAUGCGCGAAACGACAUCAGACCCCCCUCCCCUCCCUCCUUUGCUACGCUCUGAUCCAAAAUAACACCUUUUCUGCGUAGAGUUCGUUUGAUUACAACGAGUAAGAUACUGAUUACAGACAGGAUAAACAUCAUAAAUGAUAUAUUUAUACGUAUUGUAGGCACUACAAUAGUUUCCUUCCAGUAAUUCUAUUUUUCUGAUAAAUAACAUCGAUUUAAACUCA